CGCUUUAAAUAUACUUAAUAUUUAAGUCUUAUACCUCUAAUUAGGUGCCAGCACAGGCUACAUAAUUUCAAUGGCUAUCAAUGGCAGCAUAAACAACAUGGUCAAAAAACUAAGAAAUAUUGUUUGUAUUCAGCACAAUUGUUGUGGACAAUCCUUUAAUGUGAUAAAGUGUUGGCAGUGGAACAUAAAACAAUUCAUUAUGUUUCAAUCAAAUAGAACUGUUGAAGACAAAUAUGCUGUACUCAUAUUGAAUCGACCCAUCACACAAAAUCCAGAGUUUAUCAAAAGUUUUUGGAAUAAUGCUUCAGUGAGAAUUACAGUUGAUGGUGGUACUGUUCGUUGGGACACAUUCCUAAAUCAAUUACCAGAAGAUGUACAAAACACUAUCAAACUUCCAGACUUUGUAACAGGAGACUUUGACUCAAUCACAGAAGAUAUAUUGAAUAAAUAUAGAAAGAAAGGAGCUAAGACAAUACGAACUCCAGAUCAAAAUCAUACUGACUUUACGAAAGGAUUAAUAGAAUUGAAUAAAUAUUGCCAAGAAGUAAACAUACAGCUCGACCACAUCGUAGCUAUCUGUCAGAAUUCAGGUAGAAUAGAUCAAAUUCUUGGCAAUAUACAGACAUUGCAUCUUGUUAAAGAAAAGAACUUACUAAAUCCAAACACAAAGGUAUAUAUAUUAUCAGAUGACUCGAUAUCGUGGCUUCUGUCGCCUGGAGACCAUGUCAUCAACAUACCUGAGGAGACGAGGCAACACAGAAAAGCGUGGUGCUCUCUAGUACCAGUUGGAACUCCAUGCGAAAGGAUUACGACUAGUGGACUGAAAUGGAAUUUAGACAAUCAAGAAUUAAAAUUUGGUGAAAUAGUCAGCACAUCAAAUACAUUUGAUGGUUCAGAAUUGGUAAAAAUCAAAUGUAGUCAUCUAAUUUUAUGGUCAAUGAUUAUUCCUAACUUAAUAAGUCAAUAAAAAUGGAUUCUUUAUU